UCCUCCCCCGCCGGAAGCGCCGAUCGGUGCGUGCCGGACGCGGUCCGGGCGGCUCCCGCGCCCCCGGCGGCGCGGAGUUCCCCUCUCUCCUCCUCUCACACCGCCGACCUCCUUACCUCCGCGCGCCCCCGCUCGCCGCUGCCGCCGCCUCCCCCGCUCCCGCCCGCCGCGGCGGUGCGGUGCCCUCCCGCCUCCGCCCCGCCCCGGAGAGCCGCCCUUAGCCUGGCCGCCCCGCGGGCACCCGGCCUCCGCGGGGGCGGCGGGCGGAGAAGUAAAACCAGGCCCCGGCAGGGACGCGGGGCUGGACCUGGAGCCGCCGCCGCCGGGGGAAGUGAAACAGGAGAUGAUAGGUGGAAAUGAAUCCUGUACUGCAGGACCGAUACCUAUGUCCUACCUAACCUGCCUGACUUACAUUCUGGGAGAAUGGACUGGCGUGGAGCAUAUUGAAGAUUAUCUGAGUUAUGCAGUCUACCUUCUAUGGGUGCUUUUUCCACUCGCAGUGGUUUUGCUACUUCCAGGAGUUCUCGUCAUCCUCUUCUACACUUCCAUUCUCCUUCUUCAUAUUUAUAAAAGGAAGAAUGAACUAAAGGAAGCUUAUUCCCAUGAUGUUUGGGACGGUGCAAGACAAAUGUUGGCUACCCUAUGGGAUGGACAUGGAAGAAUAUGGCAUGGUUAUGAGCUUCAUGGUACCGAAAAUAUUCCUGAAGGACCAGGGCUUAUUGUGUUUUAUCAUGGAGCUACUCCUGCUGACUAUGUCUAUUUCAUGGCUAGACUUCUUAUACAAUGGAAGAGAACGUGCCACGUAGUAGCUGAUCAUUUUGUCUUUAGAUUACCAGGUUUUAAAAUAUUACUUGAUGUACAUGGAGUUAUGCAUGGACCAAGAGAAGAAUGUGUUAAUGCUCUGAAGAAGGGCUGUCUGCUAGCCAUUGCCCCAGGUGGAGUUCGGGAAGCACUCUUUAGUGAUGAAAUGUAUACUAUUAUCUGGGGUGAUCGGAAGGGCUUUGCUCAGGUGGCCAUUGAUGCAAAAGUGCCCAUCAUUCCUAUGUUUACACAAAAUGUUCGAGAAGGCGUUAGGACAUUAGGAGGAAUAAAAAUACUUAGGUCACUAUAUGAACGUAUUAGAUUGCCAAUAGUUCCUGUGUACGGUGGGUUUCCAGUCAAGCUUCGUACUUUUAUUGGAGAACCCAUUCCAUAUGAUCCAAAUAUAACCGCUGAGGAAUUAACUGCAAAGACAAAAGCCGCAGUCCAAGCUCUAAUAGAAAAACAUCAGAAAAUACCAGGAAAUAUAUUUAGGGCUUUAAUGGAACGAUUUCAAACACAAAAGAAAGAAGAUUAAGGUCGUCUCAGCAAACUACUAUUUAGUUAUAAUAUUCUUAAAGUCGUAUUUGUAACUUAUUCAUUCUUCUAAUAAUAGGUUUUAAUACUGUCCUAAUGAUACUGCUGUAUAAUUUAAGAUAUAAGACAAUUUCCCUUGCCCUUCCCCCUGUCCAGUAUCAAGCUCAGGAACCCAAACUUCAAAUCAUUCAUAAUGUGGCAAAGUUUAGUUUUUGAUAAAUGCAUUCCUAACUUGAAAGUGUUUUUGGUUUUGGUUUGGUUUGGUUUUUUUUUUUUGGGGGGGGUUCCCCACUUCCCCCCCACCCCCCCCCCACCCCCGGCUUCUCUUUAACCUGAAUGUUAGACCUGUUGUAGAGCUACAAGUCUUACUGUCUUGAUCGUCAUCGCUGUAACUAGGUUUUGCAGGCCAGGUUAAUGCCGUAGAGCAUUUAUGAAAACUUUCUUUAGGUUGUUACUCUUGUGCUGCUGGAAAACAGUCAACCUUCUGUGGCCUGCAGAACCUCGAGCUAUGUCUGCGAAACCUACGGUGGAAAGUGUCUUGUUUUACUGCUGUAAGCUCAGAAAGAGUUUGCGGGAGUGAAAAUUGAUUAGAGAACUGAAGUGAACCAAGGAAGCUGGUUACAGAAACCGCUCCAGUGCGGUGAAUGGGAACCCUACGGCACAGCUGCUAUGCCAAGCAGAGCCAUAUUGGCUGCCUGCCCGUGAGCAGAGAGUUGUCCCGUACACUUCUCGGCGAAUCUGCAAAUUCUGCUUUGAAAGAAUGAGCCAAGCAUUUAAACUUUAAGAAGUGGAAAUGAGAGUACUGUUUAGUAACAUGAGCUCAUAAAGCUUUAUUUUGCAGGAAAGAAAAAAAUUAGUGUGACAUUCCUUUUAGAAGACAAAGUUCUUUUGAAAAACGGGAUAGACAUUCCUAAAUACCCUUUGAAUCUAGUAUGUGUGUAAACUGUUAAACCUCCAUAUUCUUCAAACACACUUACUUACGUAAGUUACUAAAUCAGGGUUGAGAGGGAAAUCCUAUAUACUUUCCUUAAGUGAAAACAAUUGAAUGAACAGGAAAGAGUUGCAGGAUUGGGCUUUUGUGCACUUACAGUAAACUAUAUUAUUCUAUUUUUUCUGAACUAAAGCCUACACUUUUAUUGUCCAAAUAGGAAAUAUCUGAAAUAUUUCUUCUGUUUGCCAGCAAGUUUAAUCUGCGGUUCUUAAAUUAACAUCUGGGAACUCUUUAGUUUUGGGAUGAGGACAAGACCCUUAAGAAAAGACAAAAGAGGUUUUUGCUGUAUUACGUGGUCUUCUUUCAAUAUUGAUGGAGUUUGACCCUUUCUUAAAAAAAAAAACACACACCAAAACCCAACAACAAAAACCCCCCCGACUUUUGAAAAAGUAGUUGUAUUCAAUUUAGUAUCCAUUCCUCCCACCAUUUAAGCACAUACUUUGCGUUAUCUCACUAAUUUAUACAUUUGAAAGAGUAUAAUAUAAGUGCAUGUGGAUGAUGCCCUAUGUUAGAAAACUAUCACGUUAUGGGAAAGAGUCUAUAAAUUAUGGUUUAUGAAAAGCAAAAAGCUUACGUAUUUUAUGAUGUCAUUUUAUAUCAAAAGCAUUUUAUGUGGUGCUGAAUUAAAUUUUUUAAAGCUUGGGGAAGAAUCACGUUAUAUAAAAGCAAAUGCCCAUUCGGAAGUUUUAUAAAUUACUUGGGUUUUAUUUGAAGGCAAGAUUGCGUUCUUUUUGAUUUAUCAGAAUGCUUUAAAAAAUAUUAUGUUAACACAGUAUGUCAUUAAAAGUGAGAAUGCCAAAUUCCUAUGUUGGAGUAUAUUUUAAGUAUGACUUCGUUUUUACUAUCCAUCUUGAGGAAAAUGCACAUCAGUCUAUAUUGGGGAAUUCUCAAAGGCAGCUGAACGUAUUUCGUGUUGAGGUUGCGUAUAUGUAAAAGAAAACUCAGUCUAAAAGGUUCUGUUAGCCAUGAACAGACAUUUGCAAUCUGAGAUUUUGUAAAACUUAUUUUACUAAAUAUGUGGGCUGUUUGAUGCAAUUUUGUCCCUUUAAGUAUUGAAAGAUGAGUAUAAAAAAUGAAGGGCAGUAUUGGUACUCUUUAAGUGUUCAUAUUUGUAUAGGCCUUUCAUAUUUAUUUCUCUGUAUAAAAAAAUGUAUAGAAGACACCUUUCAAAUAAAAUUGACAACUGGAA